CUUCACUAAAUCUGCCCUGCCAAUUGGAAGAGGGAUAGCUGGUGCUCUACCAUAGGGUGCAAUUGGUGUGAGAAUAUUUCUACUCGGUCAACGAGAUGAAGAACGAAAGAAAACCGGAUCGUUUCCUGCAACAGAAGAGACAUUGCAGGAUUUUAUCAAUACUGUUAGCAGUCGGUACAGCAAUCACUGUUAACAAAGACGGGAAGAAGCCGUUGAUUGCAAGGAAACACGAUAAGAGAGGGCUAGCUACUUUGGAAUAUGGUUUUCAACACGAACACCAUUAUCAUCCUGAACCAGCUGCUGUUUACGAGGCGUCAGUACCGGAAGUAGCUGGACAUUUGGAAGCUAUACCAGCAGCAAAUGUACUGCAUCCCCCGGUACAUCCACCUGUGGUACAUCCAGCUCCAGCAGUGGUACCGUUGCCGUUGCCGCAGCCCGUUCCACAUCCGGUUCCAGUCGCAGUUCCUGUGACGAAACACAUACCGAUACCGGUACCGGUACCAGUGGAUCGUCCUGUUGCUGUGCCAGUCGCAGUUCCUGUACCAAAACCGUAUCCCGUUCACGUGGAGAGGCUGGUGCACGUUGACAGACCAGUUGCAGUACCGGUUGAAAAGACGAUUCACGUACCUGUAGAUCGGCCUGUAGCCGUUCCAGUACCCGUACCGAAACCGUAUCCGGUUCCAUACGAGAAGAUCGUCCACGUCGACAGACCGUACCCUGUGCACGUAGCUGUACCUUAUCACGUCCCUAAACCUUAUCCCGUACCUGUUGCCAUUCAUGCUCACAAACACCAUGGAUGGCUUAAGUAAGGUUUCAGUGGAACGUAAGUGCUUGUCUCUUCACGUCGAACAUUAACACGUUGAACACCAUGGGGGUCACCGGUGACCGGCUGAAUAAUUAAAAGAAAACAAUAGAAAAACAUUAUUUUAAGUAAUAUUGCUAUGGUACAAACAAUGUAAAGUGGCAAAUAGAAAGCUUGAAAUUUGAAAAUUAAUUACUACUAUUCUUAGUAAUUAGAGCUUUAAUACGUUCUAUAAAAACUGUCGAAUUUUACUGUGGCGUUCAAUGGGUUAAGAUUAGAGGUGUGCGAGUACUCGAUUUAUUCGAGUCGAACAAUGAUCGGUCGGUCGAGCCGAGUCGAUCGCUUGAA